AUGUCUAUUUCAUGUGAAACUACACUCUCGACCAACGAUUUUCAGAUAAUAUGGCUUGAUAAUCAUAACGUUCAACAAACAGAUUAUGCUAAUCGUCAACUUGAUUUGGAUCAUUUAAUUGACCAUCUGAAAACAUAUGAAGAUCUUUCAAAAUGCCAACAAUACAUCAGUUCUCUUGACAAGGCAGAUAAAGUAUUUCUCAUCAUCUCCGGUUCAAUUGGUGAACAAACAUUACCGUUGAUUCACGAACUGAUACAAAUUGCUUGUAUAUAUAUUUUCUGUAUCGACAUAUAUAAACAUCAAGAAUGGGCUAAGAAAUUUCAUAAAAUCCGUGGUGUUUUCAAUGAAUCCAAAGCAAUGCUCGAUCGUCUUCAACGUGAUAUACAACUUUUACUUCAUCAUUUCACUCCUGUUAAUAUAUUUACCAUGCAAAAUCUCAAAGAAACUACUCUACAAAACAUUGACCAAGAACAAGCUAUUUAUAUGUGGUUUCAAUUACUUAUUGACACAAUGUUAAAAUUACCACGUACAUCACAAGCUUUCCAUGAAUUUAUUGAAGAAUGUAUAAAGCGUUAUUGCAAUAAUGACGUCGAAAAACGAAAAAUCGAGCAGUUUCGUGCUGAGUACACAAAAGAGAAUGUGGUUCAGUGGUACACACGUGAUUGUUUCCUGUAUCGAUUAAUUAAUCGAGCACUUCGCACUCGAAAUAUUGAUACUAUUUUUAAGUAUCGUUAUCUCAUCGUAGAUCUUCAUCAACGACUAAUCGAACUUCAUCAAAAGCAGUAUUCUACCCAAUCAUCGGUACAAUUAACUGUUUAUCGCGGUCAACUCAUAUGUGCGGAAGAAUUAAAUAAAUUACAAGCAAAUAUACAUGGAAUUUUUUCUAUUAACGCAUUUCUUUCAACAACUAUUCACAGCACCGUAGCAUGUGAAUUUAUUUCGGAUGUCUUUCCUGAACCAUUUUUACAAAAAGUCUUAUACGAGAUCAAUAUCACUGGUCAUGGACCAUGGAAGUGGCCCUUCGCAGAUAUACAUGAUGUUAGUUAUAACAUGCAUGAAGGUGAAAUACUCUUCGAUAUCGGUAGCACAUUUCGGAUAGAGGAUAUUUAUGAAUAUUCAGAUGGUUUAUGGUAUGUUAAUCUGACAUUACUCGACAUAAGCGAUCUCUCUGCUGGAAUGAACACAAGUUUAUAUGAUUAUCUUUCUGAAAUGAGUUUUCACGAAAAUGAACCACUUUUUAUUUUAUGUAUUCUCCUUGAGCAAAUGGGUGAAUUCGAACGGUCGAAGCAAUUCUGCCAUUUAAUAUUACGCGAUUUACCUGAAGGACAUGAGUUAAUUGCAGUUCAAGGUCAUCUCGCGUUGAUUGAGUAUGAAUUAGGUAAUUUUCAUGACGCGAAAAGUAUUUGCGAACAAAGUUUAAUGAUUCAUUCAAAGCUCGAUCAUGACAAUAAUGAAAAAACAAUAUCAAAACCACUCAGUCAUCUUCACUCUAACUUGGGUAUGAUCCUAAGCGAACUUGGUGAUUACAAAGGAGCUAUAUUUCAUUAUGUGCAAGCCAUAUCGAUCGAUGAAGUUCUAUUGAGUAAAGAUCAUGUUGACCUUGCGGUUAGUUUCAACAAUCUGGGUAUGGCAUAUGCAGAUUUAGGUCAUUUCAAAGAAGCUUUGUAUUGGUUAGAGAAACGAGCACUCAAAUUGCAAUUGUUGAAGCUUCCUGAGAAUCAUCCUGAUCUCGCUACUACUUACUCAAAUAUUGGUGAAACGUAUUGUGAAAAUGGUAAUUAUAAAAAGGCUCGCGAAAACUAUGAACGUGUACUAGCAAUCCAAAAAGUUGCCUUGUCUCCACUACAUCCAUCUACAGCAAGUACUUUCAACAAUUUAGGUGUUAUGUGUGAAAAAAUGGGUGAUUAUGAUGCUGCUUUGGCUUAUCAUCAACAGGCACUGGAAGUUUUACUACAUUCGCGUACACUUGAUCAUAUGGAAUUUGCAGCUACAUACAAUAAUAUGGCAGCUGUUUUUGAUUGGCGAGGUAAUUUUGACGAAGCACUCUGCCACUAUAAUAAAGCAUUGGAAUAUCUACUGACUAGUCUGGGUACAGAUAACCAUCCAGCCGUUGCUUGUAGCUGUAACAAUAUUGGUAUGGUUCACUUUCAAAGAGAAAAUUACGACAAGGCUUUGGAAUACUUUGAAAAAACCCAAAAGAUCGAAGAGACUCUACUAGAAAAAAAUCAUUCUUCUCUAGCGACAACCUACAAUAAUUUAGGAAUGGUGUUUGCAGCUGUAGGUAGAUUGGCAGACGCAAUGGAAUACCAUCGACGAGCAUUAACUAUACGGCGACGUGCCUUAUCAAAAAAUCAUCCAGAGCUUGCCUCAUCCUACGAUAACAUGGGUGUUGUAUAUUAUAAACAAGGUCAUUACAAAACGGCAAUUGAUUUUCAUCAAAAAGCUUUAUCGAUUCAAAAGAAAGCUUUGGCAAACAAUCAUCCAUCAAUGGCAACUACAAAACAGCAUCUAGGCGAUGUUUAUUUUCGUUUGGGUAAUUACCGAGCUGCACUUAAACUUUAUGCAGAUGCAUUGAAUAUGGCACAAAAUUGUUUGCCAGCUUCGCAUCCUUCAAUUGAAAAAUAUAAUGUGAAAUUGCGUCAAGCUAAAGCAAAAUUAACAAAAAAGUAG